AAUUUGUUAUGGUGGCGAGGAGAGGAGGGAGGAGGAGGAGGAGGAGUUCCCCCUGUGAGUGCCGAAGCCCUCAGCUCUGCAUUCCGGCGGAGCUUACAGGCACACACACCGGCCGCAGCCUGGUCCCGGCCUCAAGACUUGUUGUAGAAAGUCAAAGGAAAAAGUUACCCCGCGCGUGUUGCCCGCAGUUUUUCCUUUUUGUCUCGUUGUUUAUCCGGAGCUCUGUUUGUGGAAUGGUUGACGUUUCCUCCGAGAGCUGCCUGAAGUGUGAGAGAAGGUGGUUAUUAUCGUUGUAAGGUUCGUUUAUCACAGUGCUGUAACCCCAGUCUGUUGGUACGCCAUGGUAAUCAUGACAGAAACCAACCGGGGAGCUCAGUCGAGCCCUGCCCAGGGGAGGCCGCUGCAGGUCGGCUUCUAUGAAAUCAUCCGGACCCUGGGGAAAGGGAACUUUGCAGUGGUGAAACUGGCCAGGCACAAAGUCACUAAAACACAGGUGGCAAUCAAGAUUAUCGAUAAAACCAGGUUGAAUCCUUCCAACCUCGAAAAGAUCUACAGAGAAGUGCAGAUAAUGAAGCUGUUGAACCACCCUCAUAUCAUCAAGCUCUACCAGGUCAUGGAGACCAAAGACAUGCUGUAUAUUGUGACAGAGUAUGCAAAGAAUGGAGAGAUGUUUGACCACCUAACCUCAAAUGGCCGCUUGAGUGAAGAUGAAGCACGAAAGAAGUUCUGGCAGAUCCUUGCCGCGGUGGACUACUGCCAUCGGCACCACAUCGUUCACCGUGACCUAAAAACUGAGAACCUGUUGCUGGAUGCCAACAUGAAUAUCAAACUGGCCGACUUUGGAUUUGGAAACUUCUACAAUGCAGGGGAGCCUCUGUCUACAUGGUGUGGCAGCCCGCCUUAUGCUGCCCCUGAAGUGUUUGAAGGGAAGGAGUAUGAGGGGCCUCAGCUGGAUAUUUGGAGUCUCGGUGUCGUGCUUUAUGUCCUCGUCUGCGGCUCUCUUCCAUUCGACGGAGCCAGCCUUCCCGCGCUCCGGCAGAGAGUCACCGAGGGACGAUUCAGAAUCCCUUUCUUUAUGUCACAAGACUGUGAGAAUCUGAUCCGUAAAAUGCUGGUGGUGGAUCCAGCCAAAAGGAUCAGCAUUGCUCAGAUCAAGCAACACCGCUGGAUGAUGGCGGAUCCGUCAGCUGCCCACCAGAUCCUCAGCCAUCCCCUCACGGAGUACAAUUCCAACCUGGGCGACUACAGCGAACCCGUGCUGGGCAUCAUGAACACACUGGGCAUCGACCGUCAGAGGACUAUCGAGUCUCUGCAGAGCAGCAGCUACAACCACUUCUCUGCCAUCUACUACCUGCUGCUGGAGCGAGUGCGGGAGCAUCGUGCACAGCAGCUGAGCCGCCAGUGUGGAACAUGGAGCCAGAGACCAAGGAGCACCUCCGACUCCACAAGCCCAGAGGUGAUCAUGGAGUCCACUGAGAGUUUUAGAACAACAGCGUUUUCACUUCCAACCAAAAACACCCCCCCUGUGUACUCAGAGGUAGAGUGUGACCAAGCUGGAUUGUUUCAGCGUGUAGUGUUUCCAGUGGAGGCCAGUCUGAACAGAUUGCUCUGGAACCGCUCCAUUUCACCCAACAGCCUGCUGGAGACAAGCAUCAGCGAAGAGGUGCGACCCAGAGACCUGGAGGAGGAGGAGGCGACGCAAACUCUUGGGCCCCUGCUCCCUCCAACCACCACCUCUCGCAGACACACUCUGGCUGAGGUCUCCGCCCGUUUCCACCAGUGCAACCCUCCAUGUAUCGUGGUCAGCCCCUCAGACGGUGCCUCCUCUGACAGCUGCCUGAAGUCUUCUUCCAGUCCUGCCCCCACUUUGCAAGCUGCUGUAGGUGGGGUGGCAACACUUCGGGCCUCGGGGGCUGAGGGAGGAGCUCUGCUGUCUGCUGGAGCUCCCCUGGCUCUCUCUUCCCACCUCCUGCCCCAGGCCCAGGGCAGCCUGCCCCCUGCCAGCUUCCAGGAGGGUCGCAGAGCCUCUGACACCUCCCUCACACAAGGCCUCAAAGCUUUCCGCCAGCAGCUGAGGAAAAACACGCGCACUAAAGGACUUCUGGGAUUGAAUAAGAUCAAGGGUCUGACGAGGCAGGCUGCCCCAUCACCCUCCUGUAACCGCGGUAGCCGGGGGUCACUGGGUCCAGCUCUCUCUGAGCACCGCAGCAUGCUGGAGGAGGUGCUGCACCAGCAAAGAAUGCUGCAGAUUAAGCACCAACCACAGCCUCAGAUCCAAGCCCCUCAGACAGGACCUCAACAGAAGCCCCUGCUCUUCUUGGCACACCAACAGUCACCAUCUCCUCCGCCUACUACCGUGUUUGCUUCCUCCUCCAUGUUUGACAACCCUGCUCAACCCGUCCUGCCUGCUCAGCAGGCUUCAGUGGGUCUGCAGCAGGGUCCCUGGCAACAGACCCUCGAGACCUCCGCCACAGGCUGCUCAUCCUCACCCUGCUACUCCUCUUCUCUGUCCCCCGUGGCCUCUGCUGCCUACCUUCUCGAGGCACGUCUACACAUCAGUCAGCAACCCCACCCUAACCACCACACUGGCCUCCGUCAACAGUCUGCAGCACAAGGCAAUUUCCCCAUCCUGUCCAAAUCAGUCAUGUGGAGGAUGGGCUCGGUCUCUGGCACAGACCUCGACAUGCAGGAGCUGGGUAUGUCUGGACAGCAGCAGCAGCAGCAGCAGCUCAGCAGCUGUGUGAUGGUGAAGUAAAUCAUCGGCCAAGCGAGACCGGCGAAUGUUCUCUUGGUGGAAGAGCCAAAAAAGACUUGAUGCUGAGCGCAGAAGAAAAGAGAGCAGAAGUGAAGAACAACAAAAAAAGCAGACGCAAGUGACGAAUUUGUCUUUAUGGGGUACACGUGAGAAUGUGUCUGCACACGUGUUCGCUGUGUGUAUGUGUUUUUUCUAAUCGUAUAAGCUAAAGACUAAGCAAUAAACCAAACUCUGGAUGAAGUGUUCGAUUCGUAACAGCCAGAGAAGCAAUAACAGACUGACAGACUCUCCUCGGCUCCGAUGGACUCACUUGAAUAGCUGACGUUGCUGAGUCACUCUCAUAUUUUUAUGCUGUCUAGAUUUACUUUUUGAUCUUUUUUUUAACAGGAAAGUUCGCUCUUCCAUUUUUUCCUGUUUGUUUUUUUUUUUUUUUUGCCACUUGUGUAAGCGCUCUCAGUGUUUUUCACUUGCCUGGACAGAAGACCAAAAUUCAUAUUAUUUUCAGUCUCCCCACUUUGUUCACCUUCCUGAAGAGACAUUUCUCUGUAGCAGUGCAGUGAACACGCAGUAUAGUAACCUAAGCUUACUCACACCGAAGGAGACGAUUUUUAUUUUUACUGAAACUGUGAUUUUUUUUUUCCCCGUUUGUUUUUUCUGUGCAAGAUUGUUAAUUUUAGUGACGCAAAACGCUGCUUUUACCUCAAGCUGCAAAAAGACUACUACACCCUCAUCAGCCAAAACUGAGCGAAGACGGUGUUUCGCUGGUUGAGUUAAAGCACAGCAGGUACAUCAGUCAGCCUGGUAGCACCCUACAUGUGUGGAUCCAUACCCCUCCCUCUCCUUUGUCUGAUAAGCACCUUUCUUUUUAGAUGCUAUUACUACCUCCUCAGGCAACAAUUUGGAAAGGUUAAGAAAAACCUUUAAACGCUAAUGAGCAAGUUGAAUAUCAGAGAAAGAGGGUUUUUCGUACGGAACAAAGACUGUGGGAACAGUGCAAUAUUUUACAUGAAAGAAACCAAUGGAAAUGAGGCUUAACAUAGGAUGGUCAAAAACUCCACGUGUACUUGCCUGAGGUUUUGUGUUCGUCUUUCUUUUUUUUGUGUGUGUGUGUUUCAUCUUGCCGUGCUAGCUAGCUGACUAGAAGAGGUACUUCUUAUGAUACUGUAGUGACUUAGAGAAGAGGCUCGAGGCAUUUCAAAAUGCUGUUUUGUUUUGUUUUUUUUGUUUUUUUGCUUUUUUUAUUCACACAGCAUGCUUGUAGAUCCAAAAGGAAGAAUUUGGGUUUUACCAAAGACUCAACAGCACAAGAAAUAGAGGAUCUGUCAAAAGACACACUACUGACUUUCCUCUUUGAAUGCUGUCUCCAAGAUGUAGCGUGGUGGUGUAGCGAACCAAUUUCACACGAUCUCCUUAGCCUUUUGCUGUGAGACAAAAGAAAAGAAAAGAAAAACUCCCGCUGCCACCAAAUCCUAAUGCUACGUGUAUUGUGGGUAUCUCUAGCUGUUACUAUGAGGACCAUGGUAGUGUUUGUUUUGUACUUUUCUAAAAAAAACAAAAAGAAAGAAAGAAAGAAAGAAAAAAGAAGAAGAAGAAGAAAACAAUCAGAACAUAGCAAUACCAUAAUGUGCAGGAAGUGGAACUUUCUUCAGUUGCUCAGUAGUAGCUUGAAAUAGACACAGAUGUCCUGCACUGAAUUGCAUGUGCAGGCAGUCGAGUUAAGGUGUUUGAAAGCUGUAACAGAUGUGUAUUAAUGUGAGUGUAGUUAGCUGUCUCAUGUCUGUGAAACAUCUUGUAGGUGAGAGCUGUGUCUUUUCGAGCCCGGCUCUUUUUUGAAAUUAUAUUGACCCCCCCCCCCUCCCCCCCCUUCGGUUUAUUGCACUCACUUCAACACCUGUGCCUUUGCCUGAACAAACUGCAGUCAGAUUGCCCCACCCCCAGCCCCUCCUCUCUGAUCCCCACAUUGAAGAAAAAACGAUCGAUGGCUCCAUUACAGGACAUUUCCUCAGACGUCCCCUUUGAUAUUUUCUUUGACCUUUGAACUUGCUAUCUAAACAAGCAAGAUUUGCACUUUACUCAUAUUUCUUAUUGCUGAUUUUUUUUCUUUCGUUUUUUUCUCAUGAUGGGAAAAAAAAUCACAAAUCUUUUGAAACACAAGACUUUCGAUGCAAACCUGUAAAAUUACCCUUGUGAUAAAUUUUGGAUAAGAAGUAUUUCAUGUUUUUUUUUUUUUUCCUGACUUGUUACUUGACUGUGUGAGCAUGAGCACGUCUUUGUGUGUAUGGAUGCAUGCGUGUGGAUGUGUGUGUGUGUGUGUGUGUGUGUGUGUGAGGUUAUAAAGAGGAAAAGAAGGAGGGAGGAAGGAAGGAGAAGAAAUGUUAGUUGAAGAAAGUUGUUUAUUUAUGUGGCUAUUUAUUUAAAUAAAGUUCACUUCCUAAACA